AUGAACGGGUUAAGUCUGAGUGAACUGUGUUGCCUGUUCUGUUGUCCGCCCUGCCCGUCCAGAAUCGCAGACAAAUUAGCCUUCCUACCGCCCGAGCCCACGUACACGUUUGUCGAGGACGAGGGCUCCAAGUUCUCCAUUUCUCUCUCGGAACGCGCCGAGUGGCAGUAUACCGAACGCGAGAAGGAGUCGGUGGAAGGUUUCUAUGCGAGGACGUCGCGCGGCAACCGCAUAGCAUGCCUAUUCGUACGUUGCUCGGCGACCGCGCGUUUCACCAUUCUCUUUUCGCACGGGAAUGCUGUCGAUCUCGGCCAGAUGUCGAGUUUCUACCUUGGGCUCGGCUCGCGGAUAAACUGCAAUAUAUUCAGCUACGAUUACUCGGGCUACGGGGUAUCGGGUGGCAAGCCGUCCGAGAAGAACCUCUACGCGGACAUCGAUGCCGCGUGGCACGCACUACGUACACGUUACGGCAUCAGUCCGGAGAAUAUAAUACUCUACGGACAAAGUAUUGGCACUGUCCCCACAGUCGAUCUUGCUGCGAGAUACGAGGUCGGCGCGGUAGUGCUGCACUCACCGCUCAUGUCCGGGAUGCGGGUUGCUUUCCCGAAAACAAAAAGAACUUGGUUCUUUGAUGCUUUCACCAGCAUAGAUAAAGUGCCGAAAGUAACGUCUCCUGUUCUGGUCAUUCACGGUACCGAAGACGAAGUUAUAAACUUUAGCCAUGGUCUGGCUAUUUACGAAAGAUGUCCACGAGCAGUGGAACCAUUAUGGGUUGAGGGUGCUGGGCACAAUGAUGUAGAGUUAUACAAUCAAUACCUCGAACGACUGAAACAAUUUGUAAGCGUGGAAUUGAUAAACUGACGGCGACUCAGCCUCUCCCAAAGUCAGGGAGGACAGGGAGGGGGCCAUAUGCAUGCGAACAGUCAAGGACGUACCAUUUCCAACAAUUCUAAUACCAUCAGUUCCAUUUCGACAAGCUCACCAACGGAGAAGCUUGUCUAGCAGUCGCCUCCCACAGG